GCCAUUUUCUGGAGUUCUUUUUUACAAUCAGCCUUCAUCGAUUACCGAAACUCUGUAUAAAUUCGUUCAGAAAGCAUUAGGGUUUCAUCUUUCCCGGAAAUUGGUAGUUCCUCUCGUUGUUGAUUUCAUUCACCGCGAAGCUUUAAUCAAUCUGCAUUGCAUCGAGGUUUUCAUAGAGUUGUUAGAUUUCCACGGUCUAGAUUGCCUGAUUUUGAAGGUUUAACGAUUGGAAUUGAGCAGUUGGCACAAGUUCUUGCCGGGAUUUGUUCGAUUCAAUCAAGAUUCUAUAUUGAAGAUUGAAUGAUCUAAUGGAGAGUAAAGGUGGGAAAAAGAAGUCUAGCAGUAGUAAAUCCUUAUCCUACGAAGAGCCCCUUGGAUACAGCAUUGAGGACGUUCGACCUGCCGGCGGUAUCAAAAAAUUCAGAUCUCCUGCUUACUGCAACUGCACUCGGAUGCCAUCUUGAUAUUCCCCCCUGGUCUUUCGAUUAACUACGAAAAUCCUGCUCUUUUUCUGCUAGUUUGAAGUUCUUACUUUUUUGCUCCUAUACCUCUUUUAUUGCUUUCAAUCAGUGCUCCUUUCCUUUCUUCUUCGACGAAAAUGGCCUCGCCAGCUGUCUCUGCUAUUGGCUUUGAAGGUUUUGAGAAAAGGCUUGAAAUAUCUUUCUUUGAACCUGGAAUUUUCGCUGACCCUGGUGGUCGUGGCUUGAGAUCUCUGUCUUCUGAUCAGUUGGAUGAAAUUCUGAAACCAGCUGAAUGCACAAUUGUGUCCUCAUUAUCAAACGAUCAAGUGGAUUCCUAUGUAUUAUCUGAGUCUAGCCUCUUUGUCUUCCCUUACAAGAUCAUUAUCAAAACUUGUGGCACUACAAAGUUGCUUCUUUCGAUACCAUUUAUCCUUGAGCUUUCUGACUCUUUAAAGUUGAGGGUGAAAUCUGUGGUAUACAGCCGUGGAAGUUUUGUCUUCCCUUGGGCUCAACCUUAUCCUCAUCGUAACUUCUCUGAGGAAGUAGCUGUCCUUAACAGCUACUUUGGCAAGCUUGGAACUGGCAGCAAAGUGCAUGUUAUGGGUGAUGAUGCUUAUAGGAAGCAAUGGCAUGUCUACUCAGCAUCAGCUGAAUUUUCUGAAGUUCGGAACCCAAUUUACACCUUGGAAAUGUGCAUGACUGGGCUGGACAAGGAUAGGGCAUCUGUCUUUUACAAAACAAUAUCCAGCUCUGCUGCUCUCAUGACUGAAAUUUCUGGCAUUAGGAGAAUUCUUCCAGAAUCAGACAUCUGUGAUUUCGACUUUGAUCCAUGCGGAUAUUCCAUGAAUGCAGUCGAAGGUGAUGCAAUCUCCACCAUCCAUGUGACACCAGAAGAUGGCUUCAGCUACGCUAGUUUUGAGGCUGUGGGAUAUGAUUUCAAAGUAGUCAGCUUGACGAAACUUAUUGGAAGAGCAUUGGACUGUUUCCAACCAACGGAGUUUUCUCUGGCUUUACAAACAGAUAGCUCCAGAAGCCAGUUUGAGUCGGAUUUCCAGCUGGAGAUUGGAGGAUAUUCUUGUGAUACAAGAAUCUGCGAGGUACUUGGUAACGAAGGUUCAAUCAUCUAUCAGACUUUCAAGAGCACCAGGAGCUGCAGUUCUCCUAGGUCAAUUCUGCAAUACUGCUGGAGUGAAAGUGAGGAUGAGUAUAUGGAGAAGAACCAUGAUGAACCAUAGAUGGUCUUUGGUCUGAUGAAGCACAAUUAAGGUCCGCCUGAUGUCUCUUAGUUUUGAUAGAGUGAUGCCCAGAGUCUGCACUGAAAAUCACUUAUUGUUGUGUUAGUUGGUGGUAAUGGUCUAAUGUUUCUUCUCUCCAUUGUGCAUAUGAGGUCUUUACCUUUAGGCCCUAGCUUACCUGUGGUCAUGAUUUUUUUUUCAGAGGAUAGUAUACAUAUGCUAUUGUAUUGUCUAGUAUGGUGGAGACUAUUUUGCUUCCUUUAGUUUGUUCUCUUUUAUUUCAAUUGUUUAACCGGAAUUGGAUUCUUGAGAGUUCUAAUACAUAAUUUUUGAUUUUUCAAAUCUUCUUUCGUCGAGUUCCGAACCUUUAAUUUAUACAACAUUGUUGCAACCCGUGAAAAUUUCCAGUUUUUAAAUAUUGCUACUUGUUGCAACAUGAAGACUUUUGAGGUCUUGAAGUGGUCC